AUGGAUGACAGAUGGGUGCUCGAUGAAACCAACGCCGCCGACACCACGAGUGACGAGGAUUCCAUCGUUCGUUCGUCGUGCGUCGGUCCUCCGGCUUUUGGUUUCUUGCAGAGCAAUAACAUGAUAUUUAAUGUGACUAGCCGCAUCGAGGAGCUCAAGAAGAGCUGCAUUGGAGGAGACUGCUCUUGCAUUGUAGUUCCAAAUGAUCAAUGUAAUGCGGAAAAUCUGAUAAGCCAAAUUAACAAUGCACUAGCUCAUAUACGUGCAACUCAAACAUCUUUCGAAAAAGCCUUCUCCGCUUCCGCAGAAACAGUUGACAAACCUCAACACUCACUGGAGAACGAAGAAGAAGAGCGCAUUUUCGACCAGUUGGAGAAAGGCCAGAACUUACCAUCGGAAUCGGAAGACUUUCUACCUCAAGCCCGGCUUGAGGUAGAAAAGCAAGCACUAGUUCUGGUACAGUAUUGCACUCCACAAUAA